AUGCAAAACCCCUACUUUCGUCCGCCACCGAGCCAUCCCCCGCCGCAGCCCGCCUACGAGCUGCCUCCCGUCCACCAUGCGGUCGCCUCCCACGCACAACAACCGAAUCCUUCUUCCUCCUACCAGCCCUCUCCGUUACUCUCGGCGCCUCCCAUCAGACCCGAUAAUGCCCUCAAGAUGGCUCAUCUGUUGCAGCCGAUGACGCCCCAGCUCCCGCCGCCGCCCUCCAUAGCCAAUCCUGCUGCUGCUGCUGCUCCGCCGCCGCCGCCGCCGCCGCCGCCUUCGUAUACCCGCUCCUACGAUUCUGCCUCAGGCUCCCCUGCCGAACGCUCGUCGAUGCUUCCAGAAGCGCCGUCGAUGGCAAAUGGAGGCAUGGCCCCGAGCAACAUGCCCCCCAACCCAGGGACCGGCCAGCCGCCGCAGAAACGUGCCUAUCGCCAGCGGCGCAAAGAUCCCAGCUGCGACGCCUGUCGUGAGCGCAAAGUCAAGUGCGACGCCUCCGAAUCCACCAGCUGUACCGAGUGUACCAACCGUAAGGUCCGCUGCCAGUUCACCAAGGAGACCAACCGGCGCAUGUCAUCGAUCAAACAAGUCCAGGAUUUGGAGAAACAGCUGCUGUCGACCAAACAACAACUCCAGCAACUGCGUUCUGGUGUCCUGCGCGCUGAGAACCUCAUGGACCUAGAUCUCGACCCCAGCGGCCAGCCUAUGCUCAAGCUCCCCGACAUCAACCCUCGACCAACCCGCCGCGCACACACCCCCAUCGCCCAGGAUCUGGCUGCCGUGCGCCGUAACGUGCGCCGCUAUGCCCAUGGCCUGUUCACCGUCCCACCCCCGUACCGCCAGCCGCCUUCCGUCUCGUACGUGACUGAUUCGCCGGCCUUGCCGCCCAGGAGCACGGCGGACUGCCUGCUCGCCACCUACUACGCGAGUGUGCACGCCAUGCUGCCUUUUAUCCACUGGCCCAGUUUUGUCGCCGAGUACGAACAGGUCUAUCGCGCCGGCACCUUGCAGGGCCGCCCGCGCGAGUGGGCCGCCUUGUUGUUCGGCGUGUUCGCCUGCGGCGCGAUGCACACGCUGGACCCGGGAAAGCUCCGCGACGGCCGCGAGUUCAUCCGCAUCGCCUGCAGCGUCGUCGACAUUUGGCAAGACAAUUUCACCCUCGAUCAGGCCCGCUGUUCCCUGCUCGUCAGCAUCUUCUUGUUUGAGGCCAACUCGCGCUCCGCCAGCUGGGUCUGGAUCGGCUCCGCUGUCCGCAUCUCCCAGGAGAUCGGUCUCCAUGUCGAGUCGGGUCCCUGGUCGCCCCUUGAAGCCGAAAUGCGCCGCCGAUUAUGGUGGGGGCUAUACGCGUGGGAUCGACUACUUGCCCUCGAGAUGGGAAAGCCGGUAUUGAUCAACGAUCACGACUGUGACGUCGACCUGCCGUGCCCCGUGGACGAGCAGUACCUGGGGGAAACCCGCUUGCCUGAGGCCCAGGCGACCAGCGCCCUGCUGGCGACGAUCCACGUGGUCCGCUCGAUCGGACAGCUGGUUAAAACCCUCAAGGCUCCGAUCAUCAGCGGGGCGACGAUCGAGACCUUUGAGCGACAUUUCAACGCCUGUCUCGCCACAUUCCCCGUCGAGUAUCACCCGAAAUCCGAGCAGCCGCUCGACCCACGCGCCCUCGCCCCGAUUGCCAGCCUGCAGAACGCACGUUUCCUUCUACACCGGCACAAUUUCUCGCCUUUGUGCCCGACAGAGGGCCGCCUGUCGGCUCUAGACUACUGCCUAUCCACGGCGCUGGAUACGACAAGGUUAUUAUCACGAUGUAUGGAGAUUUCUUCUCCAACAUCACUACCUUCUUCUUCUUCUUCUUCUACUACUACUAUCACUACCACUUCUACGACGACAACAACGACGACGACGAAUACGACGACGACGACGACGAAUGACUGGCGUUCCUCCCUAGCCGCUGCCGCGUCAAGCAUGCUCUGCACGCACAUCUUCCGCUGCACGCUUCUCCUGCUCUUCCGGACCGAGUAUGCGGCCGCGCAGGUAUGCGUACAGGCCCACGCAGCGAUUGGGAGCGCACGCAGCAUCAACACCGCGUGUGGGCGGUACAUUGCCUUUUUUCUGCAGUGUAUUCUAGAGCGCGGGGAGUCCUCCGAUCCGGACCGCGACGAGGAGAUGAUGGCGUACAUGUCGGGGGAUGUGCAGGGGACGGGCGGGGGCUGGAUCUGGUCGGGGGAGUCCGGCAAUAGCACCGAUCUUCAUGAUGCAGGAGUCCAACCGCCAGCGCAAGACAAAGACAUGGAGGGGAUAGAGGAUGGGCCGGACUGGGAAGGGUGGGACUGGGUGCAGCGCACCGUGCAAUACCUCCACGAAACGAAACAGCGACGGGACCCGGACCUGCUGGCUCCGGAGGGAUCUGCUCGACGAUCGAGCUCAUCUCAUUCGCGGAUGACCAUAGCAAGCAUAAUCUGA